AUGGCGGACCCAGCUGCCCCAUCGGACGCGGAAGUUCCGCCGCACGGCGCGGCGGCGGGCGGUUCCCGCCCCGCGGAGAAUUCCGCUACGGAAGAAGCGGAGCGUCCGGCGGAAGGAGGGGGAUUGGCGGAGGGCGCGCGAAUCGCGGCGGAAGUCGCGGCGAAGAAGGCGAAGCGCGACGCUUCGUCCUCGUCGUCUGCUGAACCCGACUCCAUCCGAGGCGAAUCCUCCGCUGCUGCUGCUGCUGCCGCUGCUGAUCCCUCCGCCGCUGCUCCCGCUGCAGCCGAGGAGUCCCAGGAAGCUUCCGCUGCUGCUCCCCCUACCGCGCCCUCUCCCGCCGCUCCCCCUGCGCGCCCGACGGUGUACAAGCUGCGCCAGGAGCACAGCGAGUUGUUCACGGAAGCUUCCGCGUACUUGCUGGGAGAGGAGGGAUGCGUGCUGGUGCUGCAGCGAGGCGACCUCACCAAGUGGUCUGUGGACGGGCGCACCGACGCUAUAGUGAAUGCAGCCAAUGAGAGAAUGCUGGGAGGAGGUGGAGUGGACGGAGCCAUCCAUAGGGCAGCAGGGCCGGGCCUGGUGAGGGAGUGCAAGGCGGUUCCGGAAGUGAGCAGAGGGGUGCGCUGCCCCACAGGGCAGGCUGUGUGCACUGGCGCGGCCGAGCUGCCAGUGAAGCAUGUGAUUCACACGGUGGGGCCCAUCUACACGUCAGCACGCUCUGCACCGCUGCUGCACUCCGCCUACGUCCGCUCCAUGGAGGAGGCCCGCAAGGUGGAUGUCAAGUUUAUCGCCUUCCCGGCAGUUUCGUGUGGCAUCUAUGGCUACCCUUUCCCUGAUGCUGCUCAGGUGUCACUCAAGGCCCUUCAAGCAACCUGUGCUGGCUUCUCAGAGGUGCAUUUCAUUCUAUUCAACGAGGAAGGCAUGGAUGCAUAUGAAGGAGCAGCAGAGGAUCUGCAGCUGCCGCCCCUUGAGAUCGAAACAGACGGCUGA